CGUGACUUUGAAAGCAGGUUGCAGUGCUGAGCUCCCACUGCUGCCUGACCAGCCUUGUACGUAGCUUGGGGAAGCUCAGAUUAUCAGCAAGGCCUCAGCUUUUCUCUUCAGAGGAGUGCUGAAGGUUCCUUUCUGCUAUGAAACGACCAAAUAAACAGGAGCUUACUUUGCUGUAGCUGAACGGAGCCAGUUACGUUGCAUAUUGAGGAAGAAGCUGCUGGUGGUUGUUCAUCAGAGCGGGGCAGUAAUGCUGAUCCUUGUUGGGCAUCUAUAAACAGGGGAAUUCUCAUUUGCGAUGAGUGCUGUAGCGUUCACCGGAGUUUGGGCCGUCACAUCUCUCAAGUGAGACAUCUCAAGCACACACCAUGGCCUCCAACACUGCUGCAGAUGGUUGAAACACUGUAUAAUAAUGGUGCUAACUCCAUAUGGGAACAUUCAUUGCUGGACCCUGCUUCUGUUAUGAGCGGAAGGCGCAAAGCUAACCCUCAGGAUAAAGUGCAUCCCAAUAAAGCUGAAUUCAUUAGAGCUAAAUAUCAGAUGUUAGCAUUUGUUCAUCGCUUGCCGUGCCGUGAGGAUGACAGUGUAACUGCCAAAGAUCUCAGUAAGCAACUCCAUUCCAGCGUAAGGACGGGGAAUCUGGAGACGUGUUUGCGAUUGCUCUCCUUAGGAGCCCAAGCCAACUUCUUUCAUCCUGAGAAAGGAAACACCCCGCUCCACGUCGCUGCUAAGGCAGGACAGACUUUACAAGCAGAGUUAUUAGCAGUGUACGGUGCUGAUCCUGGCACACAAGAUUCCAAUGGAAAAACUCCAGUUGACUAUGCAAGACAAGGUGGGCACCAUGAACUGGCAGAGCGCCUGGUAGAAAUUCAGUAUGAACUCACCGACAGGUUAGCUUUCUAUCUCUGUGGCAGGAAACCAGAUCAUAAAAAUGGACAGCACUUUGUUAUACCUCAGAUGGCAGAUAGCAGUCUGGAUUUAUCAGAACUUGCAAAAGCAGCUAAGAAGAAGCUUCAAUCUCUAAGCAACCACUUAUUUGAGGAACUUGCCAUGGAUGUGUAUGAUGAAGUUGACAGGAGGGAAACAGAUGCAGUUUGGCUUGCUACUCAGAAUCAUAGUACACUUGUGACGGAGACCACAGUGGUCCCUUUUCUUCCCGUAAAUCCUGAAUAUUCCUCAACCAGGAAUCAGGGACGACAGAAACUGGCUCGGUUUAAUGCUCAUGAGUUCGCCACGCUAGUUAUAGAUAUUUUAAGUGAUGCCAAACGAAGACAGCAGGGGAAUCCUCUCUCUGGUUCAAAAGAAAAUGUGGAACUGAUACUCAAAUCAAUCAGCAAUCAACAUAGCAGUGAAAGUCAGGAUAAUGACCAGCCUGAUUAUGACAGUGUUGCUUCAGAUGAAGAUACUGAUCUGGAAACAAAUGCAGCUAAGUCAAAUAGGCAGAAGAGCCUGGAUUCAGACCUGUCAGAUGGUCCUGUGACAGCCCAAGAAUAUAUGCAAGUUAAAAAUGCACUGGUGGCUUCUGAGGUAAAGAUCCAGCAGUUAAUGAAAGUGAACAUCAACUUGAGUGAUGAGCUGAGGAUCAUGCAGAAAAAGCUUCAAACUCUACAGAGUGAAAAUACCAACCUCAGAAGACAGGCCACAACAAAUAUAUAUCAGGUCCAAACUGGUUCUGAGUACACAGACCCUACCAACAAUUCUUCCUUAAAGCGACGACCGUCUGCGCGGGGUAGCAGGCCCAUGUCCAUGUAUGAGACUGGAUCGGGUCAGAAACCCUACCUCCCCAUGGGAGAGGUCACGUACCCAGAAGAAAGCAUAACGAGACUGCAGCCUUUUCCUCCACACAUCGGGAGGAGUGCGUUUGUGACCUCCUCUUCAUCUCUACCUUCCUUCCCCUCCACGCUUUCCUGGUCGAGGGAUGAAAGCACACGAAGGGCCUCGAAGCUGGAAAAGCAGAGCAGCGUGCCUGAGAGCGACUACGAUAACACCACUGCCCCUCUGGAGCUGGAGGAGACGGGGUCAGGCAGGAAGGGAAGGCAGAGGAGUGUUGUUUGGCAGGGAGAGGGAUCCAUCCCUGAAGACACCGACACAGCCCCCAGCUCCAGUUUGCCCAGUACAGAAGAUGUGAUUCGGAAGACUGAGCAGAUCACUAAGAAUAUUCAGGAACUGCUGCGUGCGGCACAAGAGAACAAGCAUGACAGCUAUAUACCGUGCUCUGAGAGAAUACACGUGGCAGUGACGGAGAUGGCAGCCUUGUUCCCAAAAAAACCCAAAUCUGAACUGGUAAGGACUUCUUUGCGCCUGCUGACAUCUAGUGCCUACAGACUCCAAUCCGAGUGCAAAAAAACCCUUCCUGUGGAGACGUGCCCCACCACGGACAUCCAGCUGGUCACACAGCAGGUCAUCCAGUGCGCCUACGACAUCGCCAAGGCUGCUAAGCAGCUGGUUACCAUCACAACCAAAGAGAACAACAACUGAGUCACACUUUGGCUUUCUCGUUUUGUUUUUUUUUUUUUUAAAAGGUUGAAUUUCAAAUAUAGGUGUGGAACUAUUCAGAUUUUUACGAGGAAAAAAACUAAAGGGGCAAGAAACGUUUUGUUUUUUUUUUUCUAAACUCAGUAUUAUUUUUGCAUGUUUUCUAACAAUUUUAAUGAUUAAUUUAACCCACUGCCUUAUUUUGUGCCUGUGUUGCCAGUUUAGUUACAGAUAAUAGCAUGCUGCAAAUAGCUCUUGAGCCAAUAUCACGUACCAGCAUUGUAUCAAGCUCUUGCUAGAUGUUUCCUUGGGGCCACUUGCUGCUUUCAGAUACUGCUUGCCAAAUCCCCACCGAAGUCAACUGCACAUAUCAGAGGGCAGAAUCUCACCCUUGCUCUGUCCAUCCUGGAGCCUCGCGUGCAGUGCUGCUGCUGAUGGAGAAACCUGCAGUGAAGCAGGCUCUGAAGGCUCCAGGAGCACAGCUGCUGCCCAGCAGCAGGAUGCUUGCACUCCUGGUGAUGGAGUACAAGCCAAACUGUUCCCAUAUCAACUGUUGUGCAAUAAUAGUAUGUUGUUAGUCUGCUGAAACAAUAGUAGCUGUGAGCAUCCGAGCUUGCUACAUGUAACUAUACAAGGUCUUUGUCACUUUAUCUGUUUUGGAAGGAGUUUGAAUAGUUAUUUCUUUUAGUUGUCACUAUGCCAUUAAUAUGUAUGUUUGAUGUUACUUUAGGGCAUUAGUGGUUAAAAUAUUAUCCUUUGUUUCUGGCUUAGCAACUCAUUUUUAAGUUUCCUAUGGAAUUUUUCUGUCAUCUUCAAGGCACCCUCACAUUUGCAGCAACAUGGAUGCAAUUCCACUGAAGAGCUGUGAUUUAAAAGGAAAGAAAAAGUAAUAGUGCCAGAUCAAAGAAGCUGUGUCUGCCAUAGCAUAUAACCUCUGUACCUCACCGUAUCCAAAUGUGAAAAGAUUUCUUCUAUCCAGUAAGUUUUUUUUUUCGCAAAGCAUUCAACAUUUUUCAGGCUGUAUCCUGAGUAACCCCCCCCCUCCAGGCUGUCUUUCAGACAGGUAGAGAGGUGGUAAGCGUCCACGUGCGUUUCAGUUUUUUUCCCCCCACUCAUAACUGUUCAUGAAACUUCAUGAAAGAAAACCACAUAAGUCCAUAAUUACAAAAAAAAAAGCUCUCUGGAGUCUAAACUACACGGAAGAAGGGCUAGCUUUGGCCUCCUCUUUGGAAGCAUGCUGUGAUGCUGAAGGAGCCUGCUGUAGCAGUUCAGCUGGCAGCCAGGUCAGGCUGUGUUUUAGUCAGGAGCAAAGCUGCAGAGCUGGAGCAGCUGUCACGUGUCAGCAGUUGAUGAGAACACUCAGACAGUUUUCACAGACACAUCUGAAUCAGGAACAGGCGUCUGCUGUUUGACAAACAGGGCUGCAGCACCGAGCCUGCCAGGAAGGCUUCCUGGUGGAAAAAACUGCCUGAUGGAGGUUAACAAAUCAACUUCAGCCGUUCCUUCCUUUUCAGGUCAUACUGUGUUUAUAUAUACAUACAAACACUGCAUGCCCUAACAAUGUAUGUUGUACUUAACUCCUUUUUUUUUUUUUUUUUAGUAGCCUGAUGUUGCAGGAGGGAGGGAACUGAGAAAGUCAAUGACAAUCCAGUAAAUUAAUCUUAAGGGUGACUUCCCCCCCCCUUCUUCACUUCUGCUCCUAGAGCUGUCUCUAAGCCUGCAGGAAUGCAGACAGGCUGGGAUUAGAACUGUAAGAGACAUUUAAAAAACCUACUUCCAAAUUACGCUACUGGCAAUUAAAUACAUUGAUAGCCUUCUGAGAGAUUGUUCUUCACUUGAUGUCAUUGAAAGGUAGCAGAUGGCAUUUUUAAAUCUCUCAGGCUAGCAUUAUAUGCUUUCCUUUAACACACCUUACCUGAUUUCCAAAGCUGGGUAACGCUGAGUUUCAUUGUAGGUUUCAGUUUACAUCUGUACCAAAACAAAGGGACACUUCAACAGCUGCAAGCCCUUGCUCCAGAUUUUCCUAAAACAAUGCUUGAGCUCAUUGGAAGGCCUAGCUGUAAAACAUGGCCACCUGUAAUGGAUUGCUUUCUCCUUUUGUCACUUAAGCAGCACUUCUGCUAAUUCCCACCAUCUCUGAACAAACACUUACUCUAGGCUGGUCAUUGCCAUACCACGUCCUUGCUCCAGAACCCCAGUGCAUAUGAUGUGGGAUAUGCAGAUUGUGGAUGCUGGCAGUAGAACAGAGGCAGGCUGAGCAAACCCUUCUGUGCUAUGUCAGAUCUUUUCACAGCGUGGUACAGCUGUGGAACUGAAGAGCAACAGAUUAUCCCAAACCAUACAGCACUGCAGGUCAGAAGAUUUAGAAGGUUAUUGGUUUUGUUGUGUUGUUUUCUAAGUAGAUGUCCUUUUUCCCCCCUUGUAAACAAACUUGCUCUUUCUUUACAGUAUGCUGCAUAGGAAAGUAAACUUUUUUUUUUGCCUUUUCCAAAACUUGUAUUCUUCAGUGUCAUGCUGUCUGACUUAAUCUUUUGUUUACUGUAUUACUAUAAAAUGCUAAAACCUUUUCAGUGUGUGAAA